AUGAAUAUCAAGUUGAAAGAAGAAACAAAACUGUUGUCGGUUGAAAAUGAAGAACUUGCAAAUGAAUGCUUGGUUCUUGCUCAAGGUAUGGAGGCAAAAGAAAAGCAAGUAAUGGUUUUGGAAGAGCGUAUCAAAAGCCUUGAAAGUGGGAGUCAAGAUCGGGAACUGAGCAAAAAAAAUGGCAUUAAUGAAGAAGAAUAUGUCAAGUUGAAAGAAGAGGCAAAGCUCUUGUUGGUUGAAAAUGAAGAACUUGCAAAUGAAUGCUUGAUUCUUGCUCAAGGUAUGGCGGCAAAAGAAAAAGAAGUCAUGGUUUUGGAAGAGCGUAUCAAAAGCUUUGAAAGUGGGAAACAAGAUCUGGAAGAAGGCGAAAGAGAAGACAUGAGUGAAAAAGAAACUGCUUCCGGAAGUGAAGAGGCGAAAAUGCAGAACAUUCAAGAAGGAAAGAAAGAGGAUUCUGAUGGCGAAUUUAUCGUUGUGGAUGAUGAAAAUGAAGAUGGUGUUGAUGUGAGUGAUGAAAAGCUUUCUUUUAAGGAACAUGACGAAAAUGGCAGAAUGCAACAACAGUCAGAGGAAUAUAUGGCAGUUGGAAAGAUAUUGCCAGGAAGAAUGACAAACAUUCAGCAAUAUUUUGAUGAGAUUGCAGAGCUUCAGUUGUUGAAAGGCUUUCUGUCCAAAAUUGGAAGCCAUUUCAAAAUUGAUAAUGGAAUUGCAUUGCAGAAAGUUCUCGAUCAUAUUGAAAUCAAAAUUGUGGAUCUCAUCGACGAAAAGAAGCAUCUUGAUGAAGAAACAAAGGAGUUAAGAAGCCUUGUCGAGUUUUUGGAAUUUGAACGCAAGUUCACUUUGGAAAAUUUCAAAGAAUCUGAAGAAAAGAAUGUAGAAUUGCAGAGCAAACUUCAACAAGCAGUCAAAAAGGAAAUUGAUGCACAAAGCCAGUUGGAAGCUUGGAGCAACUGCUGUGGUAAGCUGUAUAAGAUUAUCAAAAGCAACGAGGGAAAAGAAAAAUGUGAAUCAUCCAUGCAAAGAGGAAAUGCUAGGACAGCAGAACUGGCACGAAGAAAGAGAUUUCUCCAGAAAUAUAAAAUGAUCAAUGCUGAUCUGAAAGCAUAUAAGGCAAAAUCUGCUGGAAUUAGAAGAUGCAUGGAUGCACUGGCAGGGAAGAAUCUGGAAAUGGAAUUGAAGGCUGAUCUUCUUCAGGCAGACAAUGAACACAUCAUCAGAGAAAGAGACGAAUUUGAAAAGGCAUUCAAGGAAGAGAUGCAAGCCAAUAUUCGUAUGCAGCAUGAUUUGGAAGAAUAUAAAGAGCAGACAAAGAAGUUGAAUAUCUUCAGAUCAGCUUUGAAAGAGCACAGAAAAGAAAUCGAUGCCUUCAGACUAGAGCGUUGUUUUGCUUUGGAUGAGUUGAAUAUGGAGAGACAGCUUCAUGAAGAUUUUGAAAGAAAAUUCCAAAUGGCAUUGAUAGGAAAAGAACUGAUCCAGAGAAGGCUCCAACAAGAAUCAGAGAAAUGUAAAGAUGUUGAAAGAAAACUUAGUGAAGUUGAAACCGAGAAGACAAAACUUCAAGAGCAAUUCGAUAAAGAUUUGCGAACGGUUACAGGAGAUCUCGUUGUUCUAAGAGAGAAGAACAAUGAAACUGUCAAGGACCUCGAUGGUGAAAUGAAGAUUCGCUUGGUGUACGAAAGAAAAUUGGAAGAAUAUUUUGCUGAGAAGCAGAGACUGGAGAAGUGUCUUGAAGAUGAGGUUAAGAGAAAUCUGGAAGCUGAAAAUAUAAUAUCAGCUUUGCAUCAAAUUGUGGAGAAGAGGUCGGAGAAACCAAAACGAAAUCGGCUUAGCAGAUUUUUUAGGCGUGGAUCAGAUUAA